AUGAUCACUUUGGCUAUUCUUUCGCUUGUAACUUACCUCGCACAUCGUUGCUGGACCCAUUUUCGGACACAGUUUGCCUUUCUUCAACGCAUCAAGGCUUAUCAAGCAUUGACACCUUUUUCCAACACGCCUCAAGUACUCGAUCCAGUAUGGACACCCUUGCAAUAUGGCUCCAUUCCACCAUGGCUCAAUGGCGUCAUGUAUCGCGUUGGUCCUGGUCGCUAUAAUCUGGGUAGUGAUGAUAACAGCUACAUGAUCAAACACGCAUUUGAUGGGAUGCCGUUCAUGCACCGCUUUGAAUUAUCGGCAAAACAACAAGCUGUGAGGUACAACUCGCGUCACCUUGCAGAGUCUGUGGAGCGAGAUCUCGUGCAAGGCCAUGGAAAGCAAAUGGCGUUCUUUGGACAUGUGCAAGAGCUCUCUUUAUGGGAUAUGAUGGGUGCAGUGGCUAGUCGAUUCAAGAUAGUUGUAAAUGGGCUUAAGAUACCGGAUAAUGAUGCAUCUGCAGCCAUGGUUGGGGUAACAGCAACACCCAAUUAUCCAAGACCCCUUGCAUGGACGACAAAGGAUCCUUUUCUUGUGGCCAAAACCGAUUUGAAUCUAUUACAACAGGUACAUCCUGAAAGCCUUGAACCAAAAAAGCUAUACAAGUAUGGGGAAUAUGAUUCUCGUAUCCAGGGUGAUCUUUCUGCAGCCCAUCAUCAAUACGAUCCCGUUACAGAAGAAGUCUUCAAUUUCAGUCUCAAGCUUGGUCCUGUACCCAAGCUCACUGUAUUCUCCAUAAGCAGCACGGGCCAAGUGAGCAUACUUGCCGAAAUUACACACCGCAAGUUGCCUGGCAACAGCAGCAAGAGCAGCAAUAGCCGAAUUCGACCAAGCUACAUCCAUUCAUUUUUCCUUACACGCAACUACAUCGUCAUUCCAGAGUAUCCAUUGUAUUAUGAAGGAUUGGAUUUUCUAAUCACUGGCAAUGCUAUGGCGAGUAUGCGAUGGGACGACCAUGCACCCACCACUUACUUUCACGUGAUUGGUCGACGACCUGAUAUUGGCCAUGUGGUGUCUAUACCAACGAACGGGUUUUAUAGCUUCCAUGGUGCCAAUGCGUGGGAUAGUGUUGAUAUGGAUGGCAACCCAGUGAUCGAAUUGGACGUGUGUGCGUUUCCAGAUGGGGAUAUUUUAUAUCAGCUGCAUACUUUUGGCACAUUUUGGCGUAGCAUGGAUGCGACAACAAUGAUGGCAACAGCCGUUUUAAAGGACAAGCCCAAAGGAAUGACGUUGCCACCUAAACGCCAAGACUCAUUUGGUGAUUUGAGGAGGUAUCGCGUAACAUGGUCUGGAGCAAGCUACCGUACGCUGGCAACGAAUAUUGAAUUUGCUCGCUUCUCUCAACAUUACGCGCUCAAGCCGUAUCGCUAUGUAUGGGGAUGCCAAUUCAAAAAACCAUUGAAUGGUGAAUACGAACGCUAUGCAGUGGUCAAAGUUGAUCUCGAUACAGGUGCCAUUACGCAGCAUGAUUCAACUCAUAUGACCUUUUCCGAGCCUAUCUUUGUACCCAAGCCAGGAAGUGAGGAACAAGAAGAUGAGGGUGUAGUGGUUUGUUUGGGCACCAGCGAUGAGGGUAGUUACCUGGUAUUAUUGGAUGCCAAGACCAUGGAGAAAGUAGCACAAUCACACCUUGGCCCCUUUUCCAUUUCAACUUUUCAUGGAUCCUUUGUGGAUGAGGAAUUCCAAAAUGUUUCCAUCAAUUGA